AUGAACCUGAUCCAAUUUCUCCUCCUUGCCCUAACCCUCCUCCCAGCGACCAUAGCUGGCUAUCCCACGUCUCAUCCUCCUACCGAAGAACACCAUGACCACAAACACAACUGGACCUUUGACCUGUUUCACAACAAGCACUGCGCCGGAACAACAGUCAGCUACGCGGGACAAGGGUCAACGGGCUGCCGCACUAAUCUCGAGAAUGGAGGUGCGGAGGCCUUCAUCAAUGUCAAUAUCGAUCGGAACUGUAAGGUGAAACUGUUCCGGGAUAAGAGGUGUUCACGACAUGCGAUGAUCGAAGAGAUCAAGACUGGAACCACUACCAAGUGCAGGCCUAUCUCGCGGAAGAAGACGGCCCACAGUUUUGAGGUCUCUUGUCGGAUAUCUUGA